CCCUGCCCCCUCCGCUCCCCCGCACCCUUCCCCUCUGUCUCCUUCCUCCUCCACACCCCAUCCCAAGUAGACUACCAGAUCGGUAACCUCCCAAGUCACUCGCUCACUACUCGUAUCACUUACGAUCGAGGAUCUACCGGCGGCCAUGGCGGCGUGCAGAGGAGGCGGGGGCGGCAAGGACGUGGACCGGAUCAAGGGCCCGUGGAGCCCCGAGGAGGACGACGCGCUGCAGCGGCUCGUGGGCCGCCACGGCGCGCGCAACUGGUCCCUCAUCAGCAAGUCCAUCCCGGGGCGGUCCGGCAAGUCCUGCCGCCUCCGCUGGUGCAACCAGCUCUCGCCGCAGGUGGAGCACCGCCCCUUCACCCCCGACGAGGACGACACCAUCCUCCGCGCCCACGCCAGGUUCGGCAACAAGUGGGCCACCAUCGCACGCCUCCUCUCCGGCCGCACUGACAACGCCAUCAAGAACCACUGGAACUCCACGCUCAAGCGCAAGUACUCCUCUUCUUCCUCUGCAUCGGCAUCGCCGGCUGAUGACGCCAUGGCAAACGACGAUGAGGACCGCCGGCCGCUGAAGCGGACCAGCAGCGACGGGUACCCGGGGCUCUGCUUCAGCCCCGGGAGCCCGUCGGGGUCGGACCUCAGCGACUCCAGUCACCAGAGCCUCCCCUCCGUCAUGCCGUCCGCCGCCUCGCAGCAGCCGCACGUGUACCGCCCGGUCGCGCGGGCCGGCGGGGUGGUCGUGCUCCCGACGGCCACGCCGCAGCCGUCGCCUCCGUGUCCGUCUCCGCCGCCGCCCCCUCCUCCUCCGGCGACGUCGCUCUCGCUGUCCCUCUCCCUGCCCGGCUUGGACGCGCCCGAGCCAGCCCCGGUGGCGCAGCCUAUGUCCAUGCCACCACCACCUCCUCCUGCUCCUGUACAGCCCGCCGCAGCGCCUCAGAUGCCGCCGCCGCCACCCAUGCCGUUCAUGCUCCAGCCGCCGCCGCAGCCCCAGCCACGGGCGGCGGCGCCUUUCAACGGGGAGUUCCUGUCGAUGAUGCAAGAGAUGAUCCGGAUCGAGGUCCGGAACUACAUGUCCGGCUUCGACCCCCGGUCGUCGCCGGCCGACGGCGUCCACGCCGCCAAGCGCAUGAUGAGCAUGGCCAAGAUCGAGUAGGAAGCAGGUAAGCAAAAAGCAGCUCGACAACAAACGAAAAUGAGCCUCUCUGCUCCACUCAAGAGCCAAGAAACAAACGGAAGGCAGAGCAGAGGCGGCAAGUGAAGAGGAGAAGAAGAAGCAGCGAAGCUCGGCGGCCUGUUUAGAUCUUGUUGCCCGACAAUAAUUCCCUAGUUCCGUGUCUCGAUUAGUUUGUUUCUUUCCUUCCUUGCUCGAAGCUCCAUCGAAGAAGAUAGAUUCAUGUUCAUGGUAGUUCCUUCUACAUCAGAGACGAGACGAAGAAAACUUCGUCACUAGCGUGGCAAAUAAACUAGGCAGGGCAGAGCAAACAUGUUGCUUGCUCUAAGAGUUCUUUUUGUAUAGAGAAAGGGAAAAGAAGAAAUGAAACGAGAUGGGGAAAAGGAGAGGCCGAGUUCCCGGAUCGAUCA